GAACCUAUUCGAAAGUCAUAGGCACUCGUAGUCUGCGCUCUGCACGAGCCUCGAGCCGUCUCGAUCUGAAAGCAUAAGUUCAGUGCCAGUUUACGAUCUGCCGAAAUCGGGCAUCCUGGAACCAGUUCAAUAUUGGUCAGUAGAAAUAUUGCGCGUUCUUUCGCUCACAAUCGGCAGAAUCGAUCAAGUACUUCCGAACUGCCCGAACUUCGCGCCAACUUUCCUAAUCCCGUCGUGAAAACGACCCACAUCGAAAGAUCUAGUGCGCCGAACCGCGAUCUUUAAAUCCGUUAUAGUGAGUGACAACAUGAUUCUUCAAAAAAAGACGUGUAGGUGAUACCUUUGUUUUUGAAAUAAUCGGUGUUGUGACCCUACUUAAGGUGUGCUAAGAACUCUUUGCGAACGUAUUUAGUUCGGCGUGACGUUUGAGAUCGAAGUUGGGGACUCUUCUGCUUUCAAGAUGGGGUGCUCGAAGACCUGUGUAGACCAUUUUUUAAACAGAACCUUUUACAAAUUGGGAUACUUCGUUGGACAGCAUCCAGGAUACUUUGUUAUAAUACCGAUGCUAUUGGCCUGCAUCUGUUUUACAGGAUACCCCAGAAUUAAAUAUGAGAUUGAUCCAGAGUAUCUUUUCACACCUAUUAAUGGGCCUGGCAAAGCAGAAAGGGCUAUUGUUGAACAAUAUUUUAAAGUCAAUUAUACUCAUCAAUUUAAUCUAGGACGUAUUACUCGUGCAGGUCGUUUCGGUCACGUUAUAGUAAUACCAAAAGAUGGAAACGGGAACAUUUUGAGAACGGAAAUUUGGGAAGAGUUGAGGUUACUCGAUAAAAUGAUUAAAAAUACAACUAUAAACUAUGAAGGUGAGACGUACACUUAUAAUGAAGUUUGUGCAAAAUGGCAAAAUAAGUGUGUCGAGAAUGAUAUCUUGAAUCUUCAUCACAUCAUUCAUGACGUGGAAACUUAUCAGUUGAAUUUAACGUUUCCUAUGAUGUUUAAUCCAGUCACUUGGGAUGCCCAUCUCUUCCCAGUAUAUUUUGGUGGAAGCGUUAUCACCGAAGAUCUCACAAUCCUAACUGUUCCUUCUUUGCAACUUGCAUAUUUUCUUCUUGCAGGCACCAAACGUCAGGAUGCAAUGGGUUCCUUGUGGGAAGAAACUUUCCUUGACGUUGUAGGCAAGGCAGAUAAUGGCGGUGUUUUUAAACACAUCAGUGUCGCGAGAUUCGCUUCUAGAUCUCUGGAACUAGAAUUAGAAGCAAACACAAAGACUGUGGUGCCUUACUUCACAAGCUCCUUUCUAUUUAUGGGAAUUUUUUCCAUAAUCACCUGCAUGAUGGCUGAUUGGGUUCGUAGCAAACCCUGGCUCGGGCUUUUGGGUAACAUCUCAGCUAUUGUGGCGACUGUUUCUGCCUUCGGUUUUUGUAUCUACCUGGGGGUGGAUUUCAUCGGACUCAAUCUGGCCGCUCCGUUCCUAAUGAUAGGAAUUGGUAUUGACGAUACAUUUGUGAUGCUGGCAGCAUGGAGAAGAACAGACUUUGCGAGUCCAGUGCCAUUAAGAAUGGCUCAGACUUUGAGCGAAGCUGCAGUUUCCAUCACCAUCACAUCCGUAACUGACAUGGUUUCCUUUUUCAUUGGAAUCUACACACCAUUUCCAUCAAUUCAAAUAUUCUGCACUUAUUCAGGUUUCGCGGUAGUCUUCACAUUCCUCUUUCACUUGACCUUCUUCAGUGGAUGCCUUGCAAUAAGUGGAUACUGCGAGCAGAAAAAUCUGCAUAGUGUCGUUUGUUGCAAAGUCCAGCCACUUUCAAAAUCGAGCCACCGAUCCUGGUUUUACCGAAUCUUAUGUUCUGGAGGAGUGGAUCCUGAUGAUCCUCACAAUGCAAUUGAUAAUCCUGAACACGGUUGUAUGAGCUGGUUUAGGGAUUAUUUGGGCGUUGCUUUAAAUUUGAAAUCAGUGAAAGCGUUAGUUCUCAUCAUAUUUGUCCUAUAUUUAGCUGGAGCAUGUUACGGAUUGACUAAAAUUAACGAAGGUUUAGAUAGACGCAAGCUCUCAAAGGAGGAUUCGUAUUCUGUAACAUUUUACGAUCUACAGGAUUUAUACUUUCGAGAGUUUCCCUACAGAGUGCAGGUGAUCAUCAGCGGCGAAUACAACUACAGUAACCCAGAAAUUCAAGGACAGGUGGAAAAUCUGACCCGUACUUUGGAGGCAACAACGUGGAUCAGUAACCCUCUCUAUUCUGAAAGCUGGCUACGCAGUUUUCUAAGCUACAUAUCUCGAAAUCAAGAGUACUUAAACGUAACAAUAGACACAGAAGAAAGUUUCAUUGAGACCUUGAAAACAUUCUGGCUUUUCCCGACUAGUCCUUUCUCGCUGGACGUUAAGUUCGAUGAUACUGGAAAGCAUAUCAUAGGGAGCAGAUUUCUCAUCCAGGCAGUCAACGUCAGUGGCACAAAUCAGGAAAAGGAUAUGGUGAGAGAACUAAGACAAAUAUGCAAGGAUUCACCUUUAAAUGCCAGUGUCUUCCACCCUUACUUCGUUUUCUUCGAUCAAUUUGAUCUGGUCGUUCCAAUCAGUAUUCAGUGCAUGAUUAUUGGUGCAGUUUCUAUGAUGGUGAUCAGUUACAUUUUCAUUCCUGAUAUCGUCUGCUGCUUUUUGGUAGCCUUCUGCAUCAUCUCCAUCGAACUGGGUGUAGCUGGAUAUAUGGCCCUCUGGGAUGUAAAUCUGGACAGCAUAUCCAUGAUCAACCUCAUCAUGUGCAUCGGGUUUAGUAUUGACUUCACUGCUCACAUCUGCUAUGCCUAUAUGAGUUCUAAACUUAAAAGAGCAGAAGAUCGAGUUAAAGCUUGUCUUUACAGCUUGGGACUUCCUGUAGUCCAGGGUGCAGUGUCUACGAUCUUAGGGCUCCUCGCUCUCUUAUUUGCAGGAACCUAUAUUUUCCUCGUCUUCUUCAAAAUGGUUUUCCUUGUUAUUUUUCUUGGAGCUCUGCAUGGACUUUUACUUCUCCCAGUUCUUUUGUCUCUCUUUGGCUCGGGUACCAGUUCUGAUGGUGAUGAUGAAGAAGAGGACACUAAGUCAGAUAAAAAAUUCAGAGACAAGGAUGUUUCAAAACUUCCAAAACCUUACGUCAUUCCCCACCCUCAGCUCUAUUACUCUUCUGCUACGAAGGUUAGUUCAGCAACUAGUUUGACUAACUUUGAAGACAGGGAUCCUGGCUUAGGCACAAGUGAAGAUAGUAAUUCCUCAGAGGGUGGAUCUUCUCAUAGCAGAAGAAGGCAACAGGAAAAAGAAGAGGAGAAGAAAAGAUACGAGAACUGGAGAAGAUCGAUUGAUAUCCUCCCGAGCAUAUUUCAGUUCCAGGCUACUGUAGCACCACCUCCAGAUUAUCCUGGAGCUCUAGUUGUUAUAAGUAAGAAGUUAGAGUCAUCUGGAUUCAGAGUAAUACCUUUAAAUUCUGAACAAAAAGGGCCUUCUAAUAACAUAUCACGGGAAUACGUACGCAGCCGAUCUCAUCACAACCUUCAUCAGCCUAAGUACUUCACUGAUAAUUGAUAACAUUGAAAAAAUAUUGUUCCAAAUGAAUGUUGAUACACUAUAAGAACUAAGGAAAAAUAAUUAGCUCAAGUAAGUCUAGGUUUGGAACUGUUUUGUGCUUUUGUGCUGCGAUUGUCAUAAUUAUGCCAAUAGUGAUUUAUUGAGAAUAAUCUCACAACUUUCAGUGAUCUAGGUCAGAUCUUGAGUGUUGAAAUGAGGGCUUAGGCAAGAAUCUUUGUUUAAAAAAAGAGGCGGCAUUGUACCUGUUCAUGAACUUACUUCCCGAAUUAAAAAACAAUUAGUGUUUAUAUAUCCUGUGUCAAGCUUGUAAGCCGUGGUGCGAUAUUACGUUACGCGUAUGUUUUGUUCAAUCAAGGCUGAAAAAUGUUGACAAUUUUAUAAAACAUAUACAGUUAUUUAUUAUUUUAUGAUAAAUAAACUCAUAAGUAAAUUUGUAUACAAUAAAAAUAAUAAAUAAUCAAUUUUAUAAAUAAAUAAACUCAUAAUUGGUUUGCAGUGAUUAUUCUCUAACGGUGUAAUUGUCAAAUGAUCUUCCGUCGCAAGAGACUACAUAUUUUUGCAUUGAACCAAUUUAAAAAAUAGUUUUACUUAUAACGCAUCGAUAUGGAAUGUUUUGUCGAAAUAACAAUAAAAUUCGACAUCCAUUUCAGAUUCCAUCGAACGAAAUGUAUAUUGUACAGAUUUUUAAGUAUAACUUUAUAUAAGUUCAAGAGGAAAGUGUAAAAGGAACAGCGAAAAGACACUUUAUGACUGACUGUUUGGCCAUUUUUCGUUAUUAGAAUUCUGUAAUUUCAACAGAGUUAGCUCAAUUUACGUUUUUUAUUGUUUCACUGUUAUUGUUAACGAUUUUAAGGUAUGAUUAAAUAAUUUCAUCAAAGUCUGAACCUCUUGCAGAUAAGAUUUUCUUGAAAUUGAAAUGGUAUGUUUUAAGUAAAAGAGAAAGAUGACCCAGUGUUACAUAAAAUAAAAAUUGUAUGUCGACAAUUAUGCAGAUAAUAAAUGAAAAAAUGAUAGAAUAAGACGACUUUGAGAGAUAUAGAUAAUUUUGUUUAAAAUCUGAGCGAUGGCUGAAGAAGUUGCGAUAUGCCAUUUAUCAAAUUAGUUGUAUUUCCUCAGGUUUUUACUAUCUAAUGUUAAAGAAUAUAAUAAAUCGAAUUUUUAUCGAAAUUUACUGACCUUAAAAUAUUGGUUUGUACUUAUAGAAAAUAGUGCACGUAACUUAAUGAUCCACUGAAAAGGUAAACGUAACUCGAAAUUCUAUAGAAUUAGUGCAUUUCCUUGCAUUUUCAAACAAGUAUGCGCAAUCAUUGUAUUUAUAAAAUAGAGUGUGAAGGAUUAAUUCAAAAACAAGAAUAAUUAUAAUGUUCACAACUUUGUCAAAAAUAUGCAAUAAUCCUUAUUGUCUGAUGUACAUGAGAUUGAAAUACAAGGUUUUAGUAAUUGUAUA